ACAGACAUUUGUGAAUUUUUGUCCGUUGUUUCUACAAAUGUCAAACUGAAAACAAUUUUGUGCAUUGAGUUUUGUUAAAUACAUUUAUCUGGUAAUACUAAAUGUAAGUCAAAGAGGGGAAAGCAGCUGACUUUUUGUUCAAUAUCGAACACAUUUGUUCUGCUUAAAGGCUGUUGUGCUGUAUCUUUUUACUCGUUCUAACUAAGGGAAGAAACGCAUUCUUUUUUAAGUGACAAGAUGAAAAUAAGGGGAAACGUAAGAAUCAAUCACAUUUUAGUUUCUUGGCGUAAAAGUAGGGGAAUGUUUAUAUCAGCUGAUAGAAACAGUGAACAAUUGCACUGCACUACAUGUGUUGUUUUUAGAUAUUUAUGAUGGAAUUCGAGGACUUAAAGACAAAACACAUUAGCAAGGAGCAGAAACAAGCGCUGGUCCAGCAUAUGGAAGAGAAUAUAGAUUUCGCUCAUGACAGAUUUGUGUCAGAUAAUGGUGAGCGAAAUCUUCACGAACAAUGGGGCUCUCUAGCUAUUAUUUUAAAUGCCGUUGGUGGAGCAGUUAAAGAUGCCAAUGGUUGAAAGAAGGCAUGGGUCAACAUGAACAAGAGAAAAGUCCAGGAGUAUAAACAUGCAAUGGGGCUGACCGGAAAUGCGUCCGUGGACAUAAGGGAUUUAACCGAUCUGGAUGAACGGAUUAUUGCCGUAAUGCAUCCAGUAGCGGUGCAAGGCAUGGUAGAUGUCUGCGAGCCAGCAAUGCACAUUGAAAGUGAUAUUACAUGUUUUGAUGACAUAGAGUACCUUGAGGAUGGAAAGGAAUUGCCAAGCGUUUCAGGUCGAUCUGCUUGUGUCAACGACGUGGUUUGUGUGCCUUUAAGAGCUAAUCGUCCAGCUAAGCGACGAAAUCGAAAUCCCUCGUUAGAACAGACCAAUCAAAAGUUCGUCGAGUUGCAGGAGAAAAGGUUGAAGCUUGAGGAGCGUCGACUUGAGCUGGAGGAACGAAAACUCAAACAAGGAAAAGAGAUUGCGGACGAACGCGUGCAGGCGACUAAAGAGCAUACAGAUGCUAUAAAACUAUUAGCGGAUGCGCUUAAUAAUUUUAAUAAAUAGAUUAAGGCUAAUAUAAGUUUUUUUAUGGUGGAUAGCCCUACUGGGGGUGAUGUGGAAAUUUACAGUAAUAAAAUUGUUUAUUUUUAAGGUUUUAAGGCAACAACGAAUAU